AUGGAGUAUAGCAGGCUUUUUAGGCUACUAGAAUCUUAUGAACUUGCAUCUAGUCAGAGGUUGAAUCUGGACAAAUCUUCAAUCUUUUUCAUUAGCAACACCAAACAAGUAGUUAAGGAUAUUAUUCUUACUACAGUAGGGAUCCAAGCCUCUAAGUCCUAUGAGAGUUAUUUGGGCUUACCUUCAUACGUUGGUAAAAAGAAAUCUAAAGCCUUCAAUUCUAUCUUGAACAAGAUCAGGAGUAGAAUCAGGAAUUGGAAGGUUAAAUUGUUGUCACAAGCUGGAAAUGAGAUAUUGCUCAAGGCUGUAAUUCAGGCUAUCCCCAAUUACAACAUGAGAAUCUUUAAAAUUCCAAAGGCUAUUCUUAAGGAGAUCAAUAGCAUUAUGCAGAAGUUUUGGUGGGGACAAAUGGGAGACCAAUCAAAGAUUCAUUGA